GUAGGGGUCGCGCCGAGAAAGGUGCGGCGUCGGACGGCGAUGCGCCGCGGACAGAGUGAAGAGAGGUGCCGAGCGGUCGGCUUCUAACAGUGAGGAGUGCACAUGGAUGGAGAUAUACAACGCGAUUACGACGAGGAAUCCACGUCUUCCAGCAGACGCUCCGCUUCUUUGGCCCGUAGGAUAUGCGCCUACUUCUCUCAAUUAGGAAAAUGGGAAGUAUGGAAAGCUAUUAUCCUGGGACAGUUCCUUUCUCUUCUUCUGUGUGGAACGGGUGUCACCAGCCAACUGCUUCAUAGUACCUAUAUGGUUCGAGUGCCAACUGGUAAGUCACUUUUCUUCCUCAAUUAUUAUAACGAAUCAUCAUCGGGAUCAUAUGUUUAUUCUUUAAAGAUAAUCCUUACAUUUUGUAAGAAUAUUAAAGAUUAAUCACGAAUUUUUGCCUUUGUUGAUGUGUUUUGGUGAUCAUCGCCCGCUGGUCUUUCUAAUCUCUAUGCGUGUUACUCACCAUUCGAUCGAUACGUGUACAGAAGACACGACGGAUCGCAGUCAGAUGUUUAAAAAUAUUUCCCCGGAAGAACUAAAUUAUAACUAUAGUACCCGAAAAAUCCUGUCAUAUCGAGAAAGUGACAAGUAUGGCACCCUUAAAAAACCUCACUUAGUACAGAGUCAAGUGGUAGUGUCAUACAUCAAAAUCCUCCCAAUCCAUCACCGCAACUUUAUCAAUCGUCUUGACGAGACUUUUGACCAUUCCAACAUGUGCCAUCGGAAGUGUUCCAUUUCCUUUGGAAUUUUGUGGUAUUCCACCACGACACUCGUGUUGCAACCUCAAAAAAGCAUUCCUUCAGCAAAGAAAUUCGCCGAAUGACAUGCUCUCGUCAUUGGAAAAUUCAGGGUCUAAGGUUGAGAAGGCAGCAACCCUAACCCGCUAUAAAGAUGUCGCGUAGUCAGCUCUUUGAGCGCAACGAUCCAAGUUUUAUGUGAAAGAGACUUCUAGGGCGCCAUAAAUCCUAAGAAUAAUGUCGAGAAGCGCUGAGAUCAACAGUUCCUCCAAGUAAACUGACCGAGAAACGGGGUUAUAUACAUUUCACGGUUCACUAUAAGCUAAAAUUUGACCCAUAGUUCAUCCUCUUUCCGUCUCGACUUCUCGACCACAUGACUAAUUAAUCCCUCUAGCACAGCGCCAUCUACCGGAUACGUGGUCGUUGUUUCCCUGGCACCGUCCAGGCGCUUCCAUUGUUUUCAGAAGAAACUUUUCUUUUAUUUAUCAUUUUAAAAGUGAUUAAGGCUUUCCUCUUGCAUAAACAAAAGCUAUUUGUAUUUUUAUCUUUCCUUCCUGCGAGCUGGCAGUUCUGUUCGUUGUCCUUCGUCCAUUCUUGUGUUAGUUAUAUACACUGCCGAUAGAUGGAGACAGAGUAAAUAUGAUGGAAGAUGGCGUUUAGUGACCCAAGGGAGGUAUUUUAAUGCUUGUAAAUUUACGGUUAGUGGCUCAGAUUUUCUCAGACACGCGAUAUACCUUAAUAGUGAAUGAU